AGUGGCCAAAUAAACAGAUCAUAUUUAGAGUGAAUACUUAAAAUAAGUAAUUAUCACUGCUCCAUUGUUUUGUUUCUUCUGAUAUUAAACAAAUCCGGACAAGAAGAUAAUAAACACCGCGCAAGCCUCGCGGUAUUUGGAGAAUUCCCGCGAGAGUUGGCGGAUUUCGGACAGCGAAGAGGGCGAAAUGGAGAAAUGAGGUCUGAAAAGGAGCAGAGGACAGGCAGCAGGGAGAGAGGCAGCGUCGAAAUUCAGUUCAGGGACUGUCAGGACAACGCAGCGGUGAACCAGAAGCACAAGGAGGAGAAAAAGGAGACCUUUAGCAAGGUUGUCAUUCGCCGACUGCCCCCCAGUCUAUCAAAAGAUCAGCUCCAGGAACAUCUGAGUCCUCUUCCAUCUUUUGACUAUUUUGAGUUCUUUCCUGCUGAUCAGAGCUUAUACCCUCAUCUCUUCUCAAGAGCAUACAUAAACUUCAAAAACCCAGAGGAUAUAAUUAUUUUCAGAGAUCGCUUUGAUGGCUAUGUAUUUAUUGACAGUAAAGGUCAAGAAUAUCCAGCUGUUGUAGAAUUUGCCCCAUUUCAGAAGGUUUCCAAGAAAAAGCUAAAGAAGAAAGAUGCGAAAGCAGGGACCAUUGAAGAAGACCCAGAAUACAGGCGAUUUCUGGAAAACUACUCUUGUGAUGAGGAGAAAUCGAUGGCCAACCCAGAAACACUUUUGGGAGAGAUUGAAGCUAAAACCCGAGAACUCAUAGCCAAAAGGACCACACCCUUGCUGGAAUAUAUCAAAAACAAGAAAUUAGAGAAACAGAGAAUAAGAGAGGAAAAAAGAGAAGAGAGGCGGAGGAGAGAACUGGAAAAGAAGCGGCAGAGGGAAGAGGAGAAGAGGAAACGCAGAGAAGAGGAGAGACAAAAGCGGAAGGAGGCAGAAAAGCAGAAAAAGCUCUCUGAGAAAGAGAUAAAGAUCAAGCUUUUGAAGAAGUGCGACCGAGACGAUGACGUGGAUUCAGACAGACUGAAAGAUAAAGGAGACAGCGGAGAGAUGGAUAAGAACAAAUGGGAAAAGCCUGGAGGACACACUAAGUCAAAGGAUUCAAAGGAUAAGAGCCAAAUGGAAAGUGAGAAGGAGCAGCGUGAGGGUCAUGGCCGACGGCAGCGGGACAAAGAUCACCGAGGCCGAGAUGAGGAACGUAAACGACAGAGGCAUCACUACGAAUUUGACAAGUUCAUGCGACGCAAGGAAGAGACCAAAUGGGGGAAAGGCUACUGCCAGGACAGGGCCAAGAAAGACCAACACCAUGGCUAUUCCUACUGCCCAGAGAGCGGAGACAAACUGGGCAAAGAGGACAGAGAGGACAUGGGCAGCAGGAAAGAACGCAUCCGCAAUAAGUCUGUGUUAGUGCAUCAGGAGAAAAGGACUUCCCAGUCUGAGGGGCCAGACCAGAUAGGAGGGGCUCUGCCAGCAAAGGACCGACCGGCAAUGCAACUGUAUCAACCAGGUGCUAGAAACCGCAAGCGCAUGGGCUCUGGAAACAAGACAUUUGACUUCCCGCCGAUCUCUCCCGAACAUGCAGGAGAACACUGUUACAAAACAGUCAUUGGUACAGGCUCCGAAAAGAGUGCUGACGAGUGAAAAAAACAAAACACUAUUGACAGGAAGAUGCCUGAGCAAGGGUCACGCCAGUGUAGAAAAAAAACACUAAACCACAACCUUGUUUUCUGUCAUAUGUGAGUACAAAUUGAAAUCCCCACCUAAUAUUUUCUACACAACGUCAACGGUGUCAUAAACGAUCGGCUUCUGUUUGCUUAUCAAGGAUUCACAACCACUCCAUUGAGAAAAAUACCUCAUUAUUUACAGAGAUUGGAUUUGUAUGCCUUUUUGUAGUGCAAGAUUCCAUUGAUCAAGAGAAUUAAUAUAUAUCUAUAUAGAGAGAGAUUUUACUGUAAAGAGAAUCAGUUUGUGUGGUGAAAUCUGUAUUUUAAAUAUAUGUAAUGUGGGAUGGGGAACAGAGACAUAUUUUUUUCUUUAAGAUUAUAGAAAUGCUACUGAAACAUUUACGCAUGCAACUUUUCAUUGUUGUUUUGCACUGUAAUGCCUUUGAAUGAUGCCUCUACUCUCCCUGAUGUGUAGACAUUGUGGUUUUUUUGUAUUAAAGGGGUUGGUUCACCCAAAAAAUAUCAUUUACUCAUCAUUUAGUCACUAUCAAGCACUUUUUUGGUUUUUUGUCUGUUAAAUACAAAAGAAGAUAUUUUGAAGAAUGUUGAAAACUGUUAGCUGUUCACUUCCACGUCGCAGGGAAAUUAAUUUUGUGUUCAACUGAAGAAUAAACAGGUUAAGGUUGAGUAAAUGAUGACAUAAUUAUAAUUUUUGGGUGAAUUAUCACUUAGUUUCAGCUCACUCUACUGGAUAUAGCAACUGUUUCACCUGCGGGCCAAGAAGAACAAAAAGUGUUUGUUAAAAUCGUCUUCUGUUAGAUGAAAUGACAUGUUGUUUUGUGAUAUUUCUAACACACGUGCAUGUUUUUUUAGAAACUGCAUUCAUUGAGCGGUGGGAGGCUACAUGGGGUCACAUGCCUUACUUUUGAUUUGCACUUAAAGAUCCCAUCUAAUAUUAAAUUAGAAAAAUACAGGUUUUUAGAAU